AGGCAAGCUGAUAAGAACACAACGAAUAUGAUUGCUUAGCGAGGCCUAGCAAUGACCAUGGCGACAGUGGUGGAGUUUCGGCCUCAACUCCUACGUCCCAAACAUAACGAAGGAUGGAAUACCAUACCCAAUCAGUGAUGUACCUCGGUUGUUGGGUGCCAAGCGACUUGCUGAUGGAUCGUUUGGCUGUCACCUCCAUGAUUGCGAUGCCAGUCAAGAGGUCCAGGGCGCUUUGUCGUGUCGACCCAGAACAGAAGACCAGUUGAAGCACCCGUGAACUGUGUCAACCACCAGUGACGAGGAUGUCGAACCCGACCGAGGCGGUGAAGCCGCUAUCGGAAUUCCAUGCCAUCGGCGAACAUGUCUACCUGGUAACACCCAAAGCGUACACAUCAAAAGAGCCUCUGAUACUUUUCUUCUCCUGGAUGGGCGCAGCCCCAAAACAUAUCGCCAAAUACACUGUCGCGUAUCGCAAGUUGUUCCCCACUGCACGAUUAGUCCUGGUGCGCAACGAGCUCGCAGAUUUCUUUCGAAACGAAGCGACCUACUCCAGGCUCUUGACCCCGGCAAUCGAUGUUGUCAAGCAGCACGUUGAUGCAGGCGGCCAACUUCUCGUGCACAGCUUCUCCAAUGGCGGCGGAAACCAGUUGGUCGAGUUCGCCAAAGCUUGGACAAAGCGUGAGGGCUCACCUCUGCCUAUGCGCGCACAAAUGAUUGACUCAGCGCCCGGAAAUGGGGAUUGGCGUAGGAGUCACAAGGCUAUGUCGACUUCGCUGCCGCGCUUCUGGCUGUGGAGGCUGCUUGGGUCUGCAACGAUCCAUCUUUUCCUGGCCAUGCUGUUUGUGAUCGCCAAGUUGGGCAGGAGAGAGCCUAUCAUGAACAUCAUGCGCCGGCAGCUGAAUGACCCUGCUCUCUUCAACAGGCAGGCCCCAAGGGUGUACUUGUAUAGUAAGGCCGACGAGAUGGUGGGGCACGACGAGGUGGAGGAACAUGCAGACCAGGCCGAAGCACAAGGCUGGAAGGUGACCAGGAUCCGCUUUGAGAAGAGCCCGCACGCCGGGCAUAUCCGAGAGAAUGAGGGGCGGUACUGGGGCGCUGUGCAGAGAGCGUGGGAGCAGGGCGCACGGGUGGAGUAGCUCAUGCGGACAGUCGCGAGGCAACCAGUGUCAUGUAGAUGCUCCAGAGCAGGCCGAAGAAGCUGAGAAAGACGAUCCGGCGCUCAACGGGCACGUAGGCGAAGCUAAACAUGUUUGCAAGCGGCCAGAUCUUGUACGAGUUCCAUAUAAUGGACAGCUCUUCCUCGCGGAUAUCGUUGGCAAUCUGCGCUGCUGUCUUGCCCUGCAUGAGCCCAAGCAGCACCAGAAACAUGGUCGUGUUGAGCAACGCGCCGCCAGUCAUAGAAUCGGCGAUGGUUUUCUUGACGACGUUGGCCCAGCUGCGCACGUAGACCUCCUCGUCUAUUGCCCGCUUGUUCUCAUCGUCGUCCCUGUUGAAGGCGCCCUUCUCCGCAUCGUCGCUCGUCGGAGCACGCGAUCGCUUCA